AUGGCUGCAACACCACUCUCUGGCCCUCUUCCCCCCCAGCAACACCCCCACUCCUCCCGCUCCCCGCACUCCCCCCGCUGCCCCCUCUCACUUCGCCCCUCGCACGCUGCAUCCCACCGCACCUGCGCACUCACUGGGCACGCAGGUGAGGAGGAGGAGGAGGAGGAGGAGGAGGAGGAGGAGGAGGAGGAGGAGGAGGAGGAGGAGGAGGAGGAGGAGGAGGAGGAGGAGGAGGAGGAGGAGGCGAUGAGUUCGUAG